CCUUUACCACUUCUUAUUCUACGCCUACCACUACCGAUUUAAUGGUCAGUACAGCGGACUUACCCUUGUAACAUCUUGGCUUUUUACACAGCACUCGAUGAUCUACUUUUUCCAUCACUACGAAUUGCCGGUGAUUUUACAACAGGAACAGCUUCAGCGGUUUAUAAGGACAAGUCAACAGCAACCAGCACCGCCUAGAGAUGGCCCUACAAUUGGAAAUGGUACCCUGCCAAUAAUCAGGGGUAGAUUUUUGCAAUUGUUCUCGGCAGUUCGACCAUCGGCUACGACGCAAACAUCUACGAUUGCCGUUAGCCAAGUGUCAACUGUUGCCACAUCCACUUCUACGACGACAACGUCCACAAUCGGCACCAUUGCUCAACCAAUCAAUUCUAGUCAGUCGAGCCAAACCGUACCCACAACUGUCGAAACUGUCGACUCUCAAACGUCGACGGGUAGUCCAUCCGUGGCGGUCUCGAUACAGACCAACGACGAAGGUACCAGGGCGCCAUCUGGCGGGCCAGAUCAGCCCUAAUAAGUUGGGUGGAGCGUUUUGUCACAUUUUUUCCUUUUUUAUAUGGCGCUGCUCAUCCCACUUGAAACGAAGAUAAGUUAAUAUCUCUCUUAAUACUGUGUAUCUUUUUGAAAUGAAUUUUGUUUGCAAUGAAGUGAUUUGAUCUGUAUAUAUUUUGGUUGGAACCAGAAUCGAAAAAUCGAAAAUUUGAAUGGAAAAGAAAAAAAACAUUUUUCUGCUAUUUUUGUACUACAAGAACUCCGUAAUGGUAGGAUCACGUUUACAGAACAAACAACCCUUUAUUUAUUACUCUUUAAAGUUUUUCGCGUUUCCAUUGAAACAUCCUGUAUACUUUUUUUAAUUCAAAGGCUUCAGAGGUUUUUUUUCUGGUGUAUGCUAUGCCAAGUUAAUAUAGUAAGAGAUAUUGAUUUUUAUUCGUUUUACGUGGGACAUCCUAUGUAUAGAAUCUUCAUCUAGCGGUAAAAAAACUUGGCAACAAAUGACCACAAUAAUAUGUAAUGUUAGUGUAAUAUAUUUAUAGUUUAAUAUUUUUAACAAUCAUUUAUUUUUCUUUCGUGUAGACUUCUUCAACAAUAUUUCUAUUCUUGCAAAUAGCUUUCUUUUAUACAAUCAUCUGAAGUUCCUUAACGUGUACAUUUAGUAUUCGAACAGAGAAUUGAACAUUUUAAUCAAAAUGCGCCAUAACAAUUUCUCGAAAACAGUCUAAUGUCUGGUAAUAAAAUGUUUUACCAAUCUUGUGCUUAAUGUGUUUAUUUUUUAAUCAGAAUUAUUCGUCUUUAAUAUAUCCAAGUGAUUAUUUAUACUUUUUUAACGAAAAUAUAAUAUUUGUUUAUAUAUUUAGUUAGAUGGCUAGAACUUUUAGCAAAUUUUAGCUCCCGUUUUUUUUAAAUUAUACAGUGUAAUUUACGGCGAUGGCGCAUUUCAUAUUCUGUCGAAUAAAGUAAAAAAAUACCGAUGGUGUCAUUUAAAAAUCAAAAGUUGUAGUCAUUUCCGGUGAAACAGGAAGUGACCAAAAACAACUGAAUACGUCAAUGAAUCCUAAUUUAUGU